AUGGAUGACUGGACUGAACUGGAUAGGAUUGAUGCUUCUUUGGUAAAGGCAUUGAAGCCUUGUUUUCCAACUGCAUUACAAGUUGCAACUGCAUUUGAUGAUCUGGAGGGUGCGAGAAACCUGGUCGAGGAUGCACUGGGAAAUAGCUAUGGUGUGGCCCGCCGUGAGGCCAUUGCGCAGGCAUUGUUCGACUGGCAAGCAACCUCUCACCGUAGGUUGAAGAGGAUGCAGUUGUUUGGUGUCAGGGAUAGGCUUGAGUUUGGGAAGCAGUUGGACCAGUCUGGUCUAGUGUCAACGAUGGCAGAUAACUAUGAGAGCAUUGUUACAGGUAGUCCCACUUUGGGCUUGGCAGCUUUGGAAAGUCGUUUGGCUAAGAGGGCAAAAACGAGCAGCACUGCAAGGUCAGAUGCAGAGGAAUUAGCGAAGAAGAAAUGGGCUUUGGUCUUGGCUGAGUUUAUCACUGAAUCAAAACUUCCUGCUGUGGCUUCUUUCAAUGGUCUGGCAAAUGUCAACACGGCAUGGGUGAGAGCAUUUGGUGCGCGGCGGUCAAAGACACUGCGCAAUCGUGCAAAAGCUUGGAAGCGUGUCAGGGACUGGUUCGUGGUUACAACAGGCAAACCAUGGCCUGAAAGUGUGGCACAGCUGAUUCAGUAUCUUGAGGAGCGUAAUGAGGUGCAGCCAAUGGGUAAGACGGUUCCCAUGUCCAUACAUACCACAUUGUCGUUGCUUGAGUUGGUGGGGCAGGUGCCCACGGAACAUAGGCUUUCUGGAGAUCGAUUGUGGCUGGAGACAGUGAAAGCUUGGACAGCAGAGCUCAGCCGUGAUGCACCGCCAAAGAGACAGGCGGACUUGUACACAGUAGCAAUCGAGAUGAGCUCAGAGUUGGUUUUGGAUAAUCUCACCACACCGAUUGGACAGAGGUUUUAUUCAUUUGUGCUUUUGCCUUUGCUCUGGGGAACGAUGCGUUGUGAUGAUUUACAGAACGUCGAUCCAUCUUCACUGGAACUUUCACAGCUGGGCCUCAAGUUCGUUUUGCGCCGGACUAAGACUAGUGGACCUGGCAAGCCUGUAGGGGAGUUGCACGGUUUCAUUGCACGUGAGGUCAGUUUGACUGGUGUGGACUGGUUGAAAUUGGGCAUGGAUCUUUUAGAAGAUGAUGAAGUGAGUUUUCAGAGGGAUUUCUUUGCAGUUUCAUUUUCAGAUGAUUGGAUGAAAUCAGGGCCGAAUUUCUUGGAACCUGAAGGAUUGGCGACCAUGUUGAGGAGGCUUCUCCUUACUUUACCGACGGUGGUGCGACGUGGUGGCGGCCUGGCACUCAACCAUGGUAAUUUGUUGAUUUCACCAGAGAUGGCUUCAUUUUGGACUGGACAUAGUGCACGACAUACGUUGCCGUCUUGGGCUGCAGCAGCACAAAUCCCAAAGGAGAGUCGCUUGGUCGAGGAGGAGCUCAUGGAACGGGUCAAGGCCUUUGCAGUAAGGGUCAAUGCAGGACCCAUCACAACUGCACGUAGGCUCAGAAAGCUGAGAGACUUAGCAGCCAUGAAUGCACCGGCAGGGAUAACAGAGGCUGACAUGAAGGCCUACAUCCAUGACCGGGUGGAAGGCGAUUUGGCCUUCAUACUGCAGGAGAACGGAGUGCCACUUGCACUGCAAUACAAUUUGACUCAAGUUUUCACGCAACUUAGACGCUUCAGUGCAAUUGCAGAUACAAGGCAAGGUGUCAGACAGGCACUACGUGAUGAUUUGCAGGUCGAAGAGAAUAACUUGCAGAAUCGUGCAGCCGUAGCUGGAGUGGUAGCUGCUUGGGAGGCCUCUAAGGAGUAUGCAUCAAAACAAGCAGAGUUGAAGGCCGAAGCACGUCUCUUGGGCGUCACGCGGCCUGUCACCCAGACAGAUCGAGCGGCAAUGAGAGCAGCAUAUGUAGCAACCCAUGGUGAAAUUGAAGAGACUUUUGAGCCUUCGGAUGAUUACUUGUCAACGAAGAUCGAGGAGUUGGAAGCUCACGAACCUAUGGCUUCCUACCUGACCGAAGUAACCAGUAAAAAGACUGCAAAGACAAUGGGCAUUCAGACAACUCUGGAUAGUGCAGGUCAUGUGAGAAUUGUCAAGAGCAGACAGAAGGGUCAGCUCCCGCAGGGCACUGAGGAACUCCGCACCAUCCUCAGAGUUGAAGGCAAUACAUGGUGUUACCUUGCUGCCAAGUACCGCAACAAUCCGAUGAUGCAAGGGCUCACACCUGAUGACUGGAUGAAGUGCACCAACUACCUGCUAGGUGACAAGUGCUAUCUUUUGAAAAUUCCAGGACCAGGUGCAGCAGCGGGGAGCUCAGAGAUGGUCACAUUGCGACCACCUUGGAGCGUGAUGUUGUCAUAUGAAUACGAACUACGCAAGGAGGCCAUCAAGAGGGCGUUUAGACAGGGUAGAGCCUUGAGAGAAUGUUUGGAAGAGGUGUGCUCAGAUGCACAACUCAAAGAGCAGUACUUCACAAGUCCCAUUGCCUUGCAAGGGAGGUCAGGCAGAUCUGAGGAGCCUUCAUUGGGAGGCAACCGCAGUUGGAGGAGGACUGAAGGGUCCAACUACCAAGGCCCGCCACAAAAGUGGCACAAGGGAGGUGGAAAGAAGGGCAACAAAGGAAAAUCGAAACAGAGAACAGGCAAGGGAAACUCUGAGCACUCUUUGGUUUCAUUUACAGAUGACAACAAACAGAUCUGCUUUGCUUACAAUGCGCAGGGAUGCACAGGAGGUUGCAACCGUGUUCACAUUUGCAGAGUUCGUGGAUGCGGCAAAUCGCAUCCGAUGUGGCAGCACUACCAGGGCAUGAUGCAGAAAGGCUAUAGCUUUGGAUGUGGUGUCAGCGUUGCCACUUUGCAUGGCGAUGCAGGGGGAGCAUGCUUCAGCGGCAUCGACUUCCUCUUCAACAUUUCAAGACAAGCUACAGGGAUUGAGGCGCAAGAUAGCAUCACUGUUGAGGCCAGGUCUUCAGAAAGCGGGAGAAGUUCAGACAGUUGGACAUCAGAGUUUCAGCCGGACAUGAAAAACUAUGCAACUGCAGAGAUGUCCUCCGAUCAACUUGAGGAUCACUUCAGAAAAGACGAACAGCUUGGUAGGCACGGUGAUGCGGGUGCCCGUGCUGGUUUACGCCCGUGGAUUCCUUUCACACGGCAGCUGGUCUUGGGUUGCGCAGUGGCUCACGUCAUUGGAUAUCAUUUGGUCUUAUCCGCAUGUCAGUUGGCGCUACAGGAUACCCUCAUCCAGCAGGUUCAAGGUGGUCACAGGUUUGUGACACCUCUUCACAGAGGAUCUCAGCGACCCAUCCAGGCAAUGUCGGAGUCAGUGGAAUCAUCAGGAUCCUCGAGUGGCUGGAACUCACAAAACUUUGCAGCCAUAGUGGAUUCCAAAGCAGGAUUUACAGAUGACAUCUGGGCUGAAAUCUCAGAUCAACCGAUUCCCCUGGUUCAGCGUGCAAACUUGAAAGUAGCGUGGCAGCGUCUUCAACCGGAGACUGUGUCUACGGUGCGUGAAUCAACAGAUGGAGCGGCAGCACCAUCAGCGGGUGUCUCGCAGGAGGGUUCUUGGGCGGAGUCGUUUGCUCCCAAGAUUCAAUCCUCAACAGUUUCAAAACUCAAGAAGCAAUUUUUGGAAGAUUACCCUAGUGAAGUUCUUACGAUGGAGACCAUGCCAUCGACAAGACUAUUAUCGCUUGCACACCAUCAGCAUUCCAAACAGGAAUACCGCUGGAUUCCCUGGAAAUUCAGAAUGACACAAUCCAGAAUGGAAGAUAUGGUCAUUUAUCAACGCCCAAAGAUCCCGAAAAUUGAAGGUCUUCAACUCCAUCAAUUAAUUUGGGAUGAGCCUCCAUCCUUGGACAUCAACAAUCAAGGUAUGGGCGUGAACGCCAUCCGCAACAUGCUGGAGGUGCAUAACACUGCGUUAGCUCUGGUAGGGGCCUGUCAUUUGCAACGACUUCGAGCUUACACCUUGAAAUUCAUGGGGUUCCUCACACAACGCCUGGACUCCGAUUCGGGACUCAGGCCACCGAAUGUCCUGGAAUCUCAAGCAGCUGACAAAGCCCUCUGGCAAAUGAUUCAUGACUUGGUGAUUGACCAGAAAUUUACGUUGGACAACGCUUUGCAUGAAGUGACCCACCUGCGAUCAGAUAUGGCUUCUCUACUCCAACCUCGGCCGAAGAUAUCAGUUCGUCCAACAUCCACAUCCAGCUCUACAGCGGCCCCAGUGUCGGCCAAAGGUCGUGGGAAAUCCAAAGGGAAGUCAAAACAGGGCGGAAAAAAGGGCGACACUACUUCUCGUCCUACUUGGGUCACCGAAGCCACUGUUCAAGGCAAACGACAUCAGCUUUGCAUGCAAUACCAAUCCGGGAAAUGUCAGAAGGGUGUGUCAUCACAGCUCUUGGCGAACGGUGUGCGCAUGAGGCUUCGUUGGAGGCCGCGAGAAGAAAAUGUUCCAGCAGACGCCAUCACCAAUGGCGACCAUAGCUUGUUUGAUGUGAAGAACCGGGUGGAGUUUUCUUUGGAUGAUAUUUACCGUUAA